CUGGCCACGCUAAUGGCGAGGGGCCCUUUUGGCCCCCAGGAGACUACGCCGCAUGUGUCGAAAAUGCAGGGCCUGCAGAACCAAACAGGGGCUUAUCGAACACUUUAUCCUGCAUGACUCUUGGUAUAUGAUGCGCGAGAUGGCCCCUUUUUCCCUGUUCCUUUCCCGCGGAUCGUCCGGUCACAUAUGACGUGUGUCUAGUAUAGUGUCAGGAUGAUAAAAUCCAGCAGUCCGCGGUCAACGGUGCUGGGGUUUAUCCUGGGAUGGACCCUGUUCUCCAAUCCUGUUUGGUCGUUGGCCGUGACGGGGUCGUCCUCGUGCACCGAGACAUGCGGCGACAACGGCGUGACCUUCUCCACGGAUUUAGUCUGCACUGACUCGUCAUUCAACGAGACAUCGAAGGGGCUGAAGUUAAAGAAUUGUCUGCUGUGCGAGAGCACCAGCACGGCGUAUGACUCGCCGACUCAGAACGACGUCUACUGGUUUCUCUUUAACCAGAAAUACAUCCUCCAGGACUGCCUCUUCGAUCGCGAACCCGACGUCUCUCUCUCGCCGUGCGAAUCCUCCUGUCUACCCCUUCGAUCGGUGUUCAAGACGCUCUGGUACCAGGAUGGCUGGAUCCCGCAGUACGAGUACUGCGAAAUGGGCGGGGGCGCGGUCGAGACGUAUGCCGGGGACUGCGCAGACUGUUUGCGAGGGAAGACCGGGUCGAUGUUCUUGGGAAAUUUUAUGGAUACUUUGGAUUCAGGAUGUCGGAACAAGCCGAACGCGUCGGACGGAGAAACAGUGAAGUUGCGACAGGCGCUGUUCGCGACGGAGACGAAGACUUCGGUCCCGACGACGAGUGCCAGCAAAUCGACCGGUAGUCCUACUGCAACAUCGACAGCAUCAACUGCACCCACCGCAUCGGAGACAUCGGCACCAGACGCAAUAGCACAACCCGAGAGCUCAAAAACUAAAUCCAGUCUCUCGACCGGCGCAGCAGCAGGGAUAGGCGUCGGAGCCGGCGCAGGCGGCCUGAUAGUCAUUGCAGCUAUAGUAUGGGUGUUCUUUCUACGGAAGCGCAGACGCCCAAGCAACGAGAAAUACGCCCCAGGAUGGAGCGACGAAAGCACGAGUAGCUUGAAAUACAGCGCACCACUGGCAGAAAUGCCGGCGCCUGAGUUUGCCAACAGGAGGGAGCUGGAGGGGACUUCGCGGGCUGAAUUACCGGGUUCAUGACUUGGGCAUGGGUAGACCCUAUCCUGCCAUAUCCUAUCCUACGUUAUACCCUGAUAGACAUAAUAUAAUC